AUGGGUGAGCCGCUGCAUAAGUAUCCAGAGUGCCGGUUGACAAAGAAGGGAAGAGAAUACAUUGGGAAAAUAAGUAAGACGGAAUCUGGAAAGGAGUGUCUAAGAUGGGACACUCAGCCCUACGGAACACCCAAGGAUUUUCUCAUAAACGUCACCUUUUCUGAUGGCUCUCUCAAAAACGUCACAUAUUCUGACCACUUCUCCAACCUUGAUACCUGGUCUCACAAGAACUACUGCCGCAACCCAUCCGGAAGGGAGAGGCCAUGGUGUUUCGUCAUGGACAAUCAUGUUCCAUGGGAAUAUUGCGAUAUCCCCACCUGCACGGAUAUGGACCCCCCAAAGUGCAAGAUAACUCAACAGGGAGGCGAGUACAUUGGAAGGAAGAACGUGAGCCAUUCAGGAUUCCCAUGCAAACCUUGGGGGAAAAAUUGGACAACCACAAUCUCUGGAAUUGGGACGUUCUUCAUUCCUGCAUUUCCGGAUUACAGAGAGACUGGGGAAACUCACAACUUCUGUCGCAACCCUGAUGGAGACGGUGCGCCUUGGUGUUUCGUUGAAAGUAGAACUUUUAACUAUGAAUACUGUGAAAUUCCCUUCUGCGAGAUCCAAGAAGUUCAAGUUGGACCCAAGGGGAACGUGUAUCCUGAAUGCAGACUGGAGAAGCCAUGGUGCUUCGUCUCUGACCCUGACAUCAAGUGGGAAUACUGCGACAUUCCCUUCUGUCAUAACCUCGAGCCGCCCGAAUGCAAGCUGACGCCGAGCGGCGGUGAAUAUGUCGGAAGACUGAACACGACCAUUUCGGGAUUUCCGUGCCAACAUUGGCUGGCACAAUUUCCAAAUGAUCACGAUUCUGUUUGGAAAUCACUAUCGGCAUUUCCAGAUGAAGUUGAUGGGAGCCACAACUUUUGCCGCAACCCUGAUGCCAAAGGCCAUGGUCCAUGGUGUUUUUCUAGGAAAUCGUAUGACAGGGAUGUGUGGGAAUAUUGCGACGUUCCCUUUUGUCCUAGGACAGAAGGAGAACGAUGCGAUAUUCGCGUAUCAGGAAAUUGCAUGAGUCCAUUGGAGUGCAGAAAUAACCAAAGAGGAAGGAAGUAUAUGGGAACGAAGAAUGUUACGAAAUCAGGUUACCCCUGCCAGCUGUGGAUGAGCCUUUCACCCAAUUACAUAUUAGAAGCAAAUGAGUAUAUCAAAACUAAAUCAUUCCCGGACGACUUGCAUCCGUCUCACAACUUUUGCCGGAAUCCUGAUGCCAAUCCGGGCGGGCCUUGGUGUUAUAAUGGAGCUGGAACUGAUCCCGACAGGGAAGAAUGUGAUAUCCAGUCAUGCUGA